UGAAAAGCAAUUGUUUGGAGCAUUUGAUUAGUCACACGCCAGUAAUCUUGCUCUCUAUAUAAAGACGCGUAAUUUGGUCAACCUAUGCAAAUUUAACAAACCAUCUGCUGAGAAAAAACGAAUAUCGCGAUACAGAUAAUAGAUAAUAAAAUGAAAGUGGUACUUGGUGUUGUUUUUCUAUUCGUGGUAACACAUGGUUUAGAUGAGCUGAUUAGAGAUUACGAAACAAGUUUAAAAUCAGCGGAAUUAGUAGCCACCAUUCCUGUAUUAGCUAUGUCCUACAAGAUUUCGUUUGAUUUAAAACCCAAGUCAUACUCAUAUGGUUUUCAUAGUGUUCUUCAUUUCACAGUUGGUAAUGAUAUCAGUGAAUACGGAGACAGAACUCCUGCACUUUGGUUACGACCCUAUGAACCUAACUAUAGGGGUUUUCACAUUACUGCACCGAUAAAUGGAAAUAGGAAUAGACAAAUCAAUAUUGAUGCACUUCCCCUCAAUGUGUGGACAAACGUUGUUAUUAGUCAGCAACGUGUUGAUGACAAAUAUGUUUUCACAAUUGACGUAAAUGGAACAAACGCAUUUUCUGAAAAUAAUGCCAAACCCCAAAAAUUUGAAAACGUCAAAGUUUUUGCUUCAGAUCCGUGGUAUCCAUCUCAAGAUGGAUCGAUAAAAAAUCUCAUUCUUGUAAACGGGGAGCCUGGUGAAUCUUUAGCGAACGCUGUACUGAAGUCAAAAUGUAAGAUUUAUCAAAAUUAUUUAAACUUUGCAAGCUGAAUGAUAAUAUUUUUA